CUGUAUUAGUAUAUUCCGCGUGCGUUGGAAAACGACUUUAUUUUAUAACAGAGUGGUGUUUACACGUUACAUAUUGUACAUAUAUUACAUAUACAAUCAGUGCCAAAUCAUUUUAAGUACCAAUUUUUAUUAAAUGUGUGUAUCCAACGCAAACAUAUCAUCAAGUAAAAAGCUUUCUUUCUAUUGGUGCGUGCUUAAGUAUGAUAAAUUGCAAACAAAAUGGUUCAACUACUCCAAUUAGAAAAAGAGCGGCGUUUUGUUUGUAGUUUGGGGAUGGUGAUGAUCUUUUUAUCGCAAAAAAUGGGCAACUGUUAUUUCCACGAGCACAAACAUCUUUUAUAUGUAUAUACUGUACACGCCCGCUAUCGUAUUUCAUAUAAAACUAAGGUGAUUAUCCGAACAAACUCAUAGUUUCUUUUCGACGAUCAAAAUGCUAGGCGAAAGAGACAUCAGAGAGAAAGAGUGUUAUUCUAAUGUUUCGAACAUAACUCAUCCACCGUCAAGAGACGAUGGGCUCUAUUGUGACCGUUACUUUGAUGGGUUACUAUGUUGGGAUUUUACGAAAGCUGGCACUGUAGCAGCACAGCAUUGUCCCAUAGGACUUUCAAAGGAAUUCGCAACUUUGCGUUGUGAAGAAGAUGGACAAUGGUAUUUUAGUUCAGAACAUAACAAAACUUGGACAAACUUAACCGCAUGUCAGUAUCAACCGUUAGAUGAAGAAACUGCAGCAAUUCCUUUAGAUUUUAUCAUACCAGUGCCCAGUGAUUUACUUGAAUCGUACCAAAUCUGGUUGAAAAUUAUAAAAAGAGUUUCAUGGGUUGGAUAUGGGAUUUCCCUGGUCGCGCUGAUAUUAUCCAUGGCUAUUUUUGCUUUAAUAAAGAAAUUGAGGUGCCCUCGUAACAGAUUACACAUGCAUUUGUUUAUGUCCUUUAUCAUGCGUGCUAUCAUGUUUUUAUUAAAGGACCUUUCUUUCGUUAAAGGCAUUGCUUUUCAAAGGGAUAUUGUCUCUAUUAAUGGUAGGGAAUCUAUCAAAGAACAUAAUUUUUGGCUCUGCAAAGCGUUCACAAGUGCGCAAUGGUAUUUUUCAAUAGCAAAUUGUGUAAUGGUCCUAAUGGAAGGAAUAUAUCUUCACAAUUUAAUGUUCUUAAGUGUACUUUCAGAUAACAGUCGGAUUACUAUUUACUAUCUUUCAGGAUGGGGAUUGCCUUUCUUAUUUGUAAUUCCCUGGUCAAUUCUAAGGGCAACUUUUGAAGAUAAAAUGUGCUGGACCACUAACGAAAAUGAAUAUUUACGAUUGCUUAUAGAAAUUCCUCAAGCAGCCUCAAUUAUUAUAAACUUUAUACUAUUCGUUAUAAUAGUUCGUAUUUUGUUUCUAAAAUUGGGCUCCAUGUUUAUCCAACAAAGAAGUGUUAGAUAUAGACGUUUGGCAAGGUCUACCCUUAUUUUAAUACCCUUAUUUGGCGUGCCUUAUGUGGUAUCGUUAAUAAUGGGAUAUGCUAUACCUUCUAACAGUAGUUUGGAAAUUAUUUGGCUUGUUUUGGAUCAGUUUUUAACCACUUUUCAGGGCUUUUUCAUAGCGUUAAUAUACUGUUUACUAAAUGGGGAAGUACACAGUGAAAUAAAAAAGUUUUAUGCUAUAAAAAGGCGCCAAAAGUUCAGACGAUCUAGAGAAAGAACCAUUUCUAGUAAUACACAAUGUACGGUUUUCUCUCCAUUAAAUGACGAUAUCAAUCAAGAGAAUGGGGACUGUAAGAGUUACCUCUACGCCUCCAACGAGCCUAAAGAAAUUAACAAUCUUAAAUACGAGUCUCUUUUACUAACAGAAAAUGAUCUCAAAAAUACUGAAGGAACAGAAGACUGUAGAAAUAAAUGUUCAAAGUUUUAAGAAUUUUACUAUUACAGUGUGUGAUAUAGACCAUUAUAUGUUUUUGUCCUUUUGAUUUAAUGCUUUAAUAUAUCGUUUAAAUUUU